CCUUUCACAUUUUUUCGCGUUUCACUUUGGAGAGAACACAGACGCCAAAGACUCUUUUCCUCAUAUUCUCCUUCUUCUCUAUACCUACGAGAAAAUUCCCAAAUGAGUGAGAAUUAUUCCGCCGAUCCACGCAUGUCUUCCCUUAUUACUUUCUCUUCAUUUCUUUGCUGCCAAACACAGUGUAGAGAGAGAGGGUUUUGCAGCUUUUGCUGUAUCGUUUAUCAUUAAGUUCCUAAUUACCGAAGAAGAAGAAGACUACUUUCUCACUCCUCAUAAGCAGUCUCAUCACAUCUAUAUCUAUAUGUGAUACACACACACACAAAUAUUCGAUGCUUGCAAGUUUGUGUUAGGUUUUUAUCGAUCAACAUGGCGACCUCAUCGCAGUCAAUCCGAUUCGGUGGUCCGGCCACUGCUACUGGCGCCGGUAACGUAGAUGCGCUGAACCGUGUCCUUGCUGAUCUAUGCACCAGAGGCCCUCCAAAGGAUGGGGCUGCAUUGGCUUUAAGGAAACAUGUGGAGGAAGAAGCUCGUGAUCUUAGCGGGGAAGCUUUUUCCCGUUUUAUGGAUCUUUUAUAUGAUCGUAUUACUGGUCUACUGGAAAGUAAUGAUGUUGCUGAAAAUUUGGGAGCGUUACGGGCUAUUGAUGAGUUGAUAGAUGUGACACUUGGAGAGAGUGCAUCAAAGGUUUCAAAGUUCUCUAAUUACAUGCGAACUGUAUUUGAAGUAAAGCGCGAUCGUGAUAUUCUAAUUCUUGCCAGUAAAGUUCUUGGCCACCUAGCCAGGAAGGGUGGGGCAAUGACUGCAGAUGAAGUGGAACGCCAGGUAAAAAAUGCACUGGAAUGGCUUAAUUCUGAGAGGGUUGAGUAUCGCCGUUUUGCUGCUGUCUUGAUCUUGAAAGAAAUGGCUGAGAAUGCUUCUACUGUCUUCAAUGUUCAUGUACCUGAAUUUGUGGAUGCUAUCUGGGUUGCACUGAGGGAUCCAACACUUGCUGUUAGAGAGCAGGCUGUAGAGGCAUUGCGUGCUUGCCUUCGUGUUAUUGAAAAGCGUGAGACGCGUUGGCGUGUCCAAUGGUAUUACCGGAUGUUUGAGGCUACACAAGAUGGAUUGGGUAGAAAUGCUCCUGUUCACAGCAUACAUGGUUCUCUACUUGCAGUUGGAGAGCUUUUAAGGAAUACAGGUGAGUUUAUGAUGUCAAGGUACAGAGAAGUUGCAGAAAUUGUUCUCAGAUACCUAGAGCACCGGGACCGGCUUGUUCGUCUUAGCAUAACUACGCUUCUACCUCGCAUUGCUCAUUUCUUGCGGGAUCGCUUUGUUACAAACUACUUAGAGAUAUGCAUGAAUCAUAUUCUUGCGGUUCUUAAAAUACAUGCCGAACGUGCCAGUGGGUUCAUUGCUCUUGGAGAGAUGGCUGGUGCUUUGGAUGGUGAACUUAUCAACUAUUUGCCGACAAUAACAUCUCACUUACGUGAUGCAAUUGCUCCUCGUAGAGCUAAACCCUCGCUUGAAGCUUUGGCUUGUGUUGGAAGCAUUGCGAAAGCCAUGGGGCCUCCUAUGGAACCUCAUGUUCGCAGUCUUUUGGAUGCUAUGUUCUCUACUGGCCUUUCCUCUACACUAGUAGAAUCCCUUGAGCAAAUAACCGCUAGUAUUCCAUCUUUGCUGCCAACUAUUCAAGAGCGGUUGCUUGAAUGCAUUUCAUUGGUUCUUUCAAGAUCCCAUUAUGCCCAGGCAAGGCCAUCUAUUGCCGCGAGUCGAGGAAAUAUGGCGAGUUCCAUCCAGCAAGUCUCAGAACUUAGUGGUUCUGCUUUAGUGCAACUUGCUUUGCAAACUCUUGCACGAUUUAAUUUCAAGGGCCACGAUCUACUCGAGUUUGCAAGGGAAUCAGUUGUAGUAUAUUUGGAGGAUGAGGAUGGAGCUACACGAAAAGAUGCUGCCCUGUGUUGCUGCAGAUUGAUUGCAAAUUCCUUCUCUGGUGUGGCAUGCACACAGUUUACUUCUAGUAGGUCCAAUCGAACUAGGGGAAAGCGCCGACGUCUUGUUGAGGAGAUUGUGGAAAAGCUUCUUAUUGCAGCUGUGGCAGAUGCUGAUGUUACUGUUCGACAUUCAAUCUUUUCUUCUCUGCAUGGGAAUGGAGGCUUUGAUAAUUUUCUUGCACAGGCUGAUAGUUUGAGUGCAAUAUUUGCUGCUUUGAAUGAUGAGGAUUUUGAAGUUAGGGAGUAUGCAAUUUCAGUUGCUGGAAGAUUAUCUGAAAAGAAUCCUGCAUAUGUUCUUCCAGCUCUUCGUCGCCAUCUUAUUCAGUUGUUAACAUAUCUAAAACAAAGCAGUGCAGACAGCAAAUGCAGAGAAGAUAGUGCUAAGUUGCUGGGCUGCUUAAUUCGCAAUUGUGAACGACUAAUACUUCCUUAUAUUGCUCCAAUACACAAGGCACUCGUGGCAAAGCUUAAUGAGGGAACUGGGGUGAACGCUAAUAGUGCCAUAAUUAGUGGGGUUCUUGUGACUGUUG